GCCCGCGACGGGCGGGCCGAGCCCCGGGCGGGUCGGGCCCGGUGCCCCCGGACAGGGCCGGUGCCGCUCCCCGGCUCUGCCCCGCGCCCCCCGGACCAUGCUGUUCUCCCUUCGGGAGCUCGUGCAGUGGUUGGGCUUCGCCACGUUCGAGCUGCUGCUGCACGCGCUGGCCCUGCUCGCCUUUACGGUGCUGCUCGUGCUCAAGGUGGACGGCGCGGCCGCCGCGCUCUCCUGGUGGGUCGUGUUCGUGCCCUUCUUCGCCGCCGACGGGCUCAGCACCUACUUCACCACCAUCGUGUCCGUGCGGCUGUUCCAGGACGGCGAGAAGCGCCUGGCGGUGCUGCGGCUCUUCUGGAUCCUCACCAUCCUCAGCCUCAAGUUCGUGUUCGAGAUGCUGCUGUGCCAGAAGCUGGUGGAGCACACGCGGGAGCUCUGGUACGGGCUCAUCAUGUCGCCCGUCUUCAUCCUUCUCCAGCUGCUCAUGAUCCGGGCCUGCCGUGUGAACUGAGGGUCCCCGCGGGGACGGGGGGGCGGGCCCGGGCCUCAGGCUCCCCUCGGCGUUAUCCCUGUGCAGAGGGCGGCGACAGGCUGUGACAGGCUGGUGACAGGCUGGUCGGUGCCCCAGCUCGCUGCCGUGCCACAGAGCACCACAUUCCCCCAAAAGCUCCCGUUGUGUCGCGUUCCUGUUUCAGCCCUCCCAGCCCCCGUGUUGUCCUGCCCUGCGAGCGCUGCUCGGUGUACCAGUUAUUUUAUUGUAAAAUAAAAGUGCGUUGAAGGAU